AUGACGCUGCGCCGCCGUUCUGAAAUGCCUGACGAAAUGGCCUCGGAGCCACAAGUCACUGGCCGUUGCUUGAACCCCAUGGACACACAAUCCAAACAUAUCGCACAGGAUAUCAAACCCUUAGAUGCAGAGGAAAAUAACAAUUCCCAUUCUGCUCCUGGCGAGCUAAAGCGCAAGCUCAAAAGCCGGCAUCUGCAAAUGAUCGCGAUUGGCGGAACCAUUGGAACUGGACUCUUCAUUUCGAGCGGAACGGCGAUCGCAUAUUCCGGCCCCGCAGGUGCACUGAUCGCAUAUAUCUUCGUUGGUUCAAUUGUGUAUUCAGUUAUGUCUUCACUUGGCGAAGUCGCGACGUAUAUCCCUAUUCCUGGUGCCUUCACCUCCUAUGCCGCUCGUUUGAUCGACCCUAGUCUCGGAUUUUCCAUGGGUUGGAUUUACUGGUUCAACUGGGCAUCUACUUUCGCCGUCGAAUUGACCGCUACUGGAACGAUCAUCCAAUACUGGGAUCCGAGUCUGAACAUUGCUAUAUUCAUCGGUGUCUUUUGGGUCCUCAUAAGUGCCCUGAAUUUCCUGCCUGUCAACUUCUACGGCGAGUUGGAGUUUUGGUUUUCGACUAUCAAGGUGGCUACAGUCAUCGGCUUUAUGAUCUUCGCCAUUGCUGUCGAUUGCGGUGUUGGUCAGCAAGGGUAUCUUGGGUUUCGCUAUUGGGAUAACCCCGGCGCGUUUGCAACACAUCUUAUCGAUCAGCCCGAGUCGGUUGGCAAGUUCGUUGGAUUUUGGGCUGUUCUCAUCCAGGCUGGUUUCUCGUAUCAGGGAACAGAGCUAGUGGGUGUAGCUGCUGGAGAAACAGAGAAUCCGCAGAAGACAGUACCAUCUGCUAUUCGCAAAACCUUUUUCCGAAUCCUCUUCUUUUUUGUGCUAACUAUCUUUUUUAUCGGACUUGUUGUCCCUUACACCAAUGGUCGACUUACAACGGACACUACCAACGCCUCAUCUUCGCCUAUGGUUAUUGCCGCUGAUCUGGCUGGUGUCAAAGUACUUCCUAGCUUGAUCAAUGCUGUGCUUUUGACCGUGGUUUUGUCUGCUGCCAAUUCAAAUGUGUACAGUGGUAGCCGUAUUUUGACCGGGCUGGCACACGAAGGAUUUGCCCCCAAGUUCUUUGCCCGUACUACUAAAGGCGGCGUUCCAUAUGUCAGCGUCACUUUUACUGCCCUUUUCGGUCUACUGGGCUUCAUGAAUGUGUCAAAUGAUGCAGGACAAGUGUUCAACUGGUUAGUAAACCUGUCUAGUGUGGCCGGUUUUGUAACCUGGUCCUCGAUCAACGCAUGCCACAUUGCUUUCAUGCGAGCACUUGCAGCUCGUAAUAUCUCUCGAGACACGCUUCCUUAUAAAGCCGUUUUGCAGCCCUAUCUGGCAUGGUAUGGCCUUUUCUUCAACAUCCUCAUUGCUUUGACUCAGGGAUUCACAUCUUUCAUUCCUACCUUCAAUGUGUCGGAUUUCUUUGUUGCUUAUAUCUGUCCAAUUGUGUUUGCUGUGCUGUAUUUGGGGCAUAAGAUUAUCACACGAUCGUCCUUCGUUCGCGCUGCCGAAGCUGAUCUAGACACCGGCCGAAUUCAAUUUGAAAAGGAAAUCGAAUCACCAAAGGCUUGGUAUUGGAAAGUAUGGGGGUGGGUGUCAAAAUAA